UUUUCUCCAUUUCCCAUUUUCCAUCUCUUUCUUUCCAUUUUCUCUCUCCCCAAACACUUCUCAUUUUCUUUCCUUGUUUUUUGCUUUCUUACACAUGUAUUGCAAGUCCUUCCUCACACCCUAAAGUUGCCUCUUUUACCUUCUCUGGAGAUCAUCACAGAUCGAUAUGAGCAGGAAAAAGGCUAACGCGUGCGAGGGUUUCUCUGUUCCUGUGUUGCUCGUCAUCGUUUUGAGCUUGCCUAGCCGCGUUGCAAGCCAAAAUGCCGAAGAUCUCAAUAAUAAUCACGCGGCUCUUGAUAUGUUCUCUGGGCUUAUCAAUUCCCAGAUUUCCAACUUUACUUACGUUUUCUGGGACGACAUCAAGGAACAUUUCGGUUUCUGCAUAACCGACGUGAAUGCUGAUUAUAAUGCUGCAUUCAAUUUCUCAAAAGAUAUUACAUUUAUUUCCAAUUGUGCUAAGAAAAACAGAGAUAUUAUGCAGCGGAUGUGCACAGCAGCAGAAAUAAAGUUCUAUUUCAAUGGUUUCUUCAGCAGUGAUUCAUCAUCAAAGAAAACCAAUUACUUAAAACCCAACAAGAAUUGUAAUCUGACAUCAUGGGUUAAUGGAUGUGAGCCUGGCUGGGCAUGUAGUGCUGGUGAGACAAAGGCUGACCUUAAAAAUGCAAAGGAUAUGCCUACCAGAAGUACUGCCUGUGCACCUUGUUGUGAGGGUUUCUUCUGUCCCCAUGGUCUUACUUGCAUGAUCCCAUGCCCUCUGGGUGCUUACUGUCCACUUGCAAAACUCAAUAAAACUACUGGCAUAUGUGAGCCAUACCAUUAUCAGCUACCUCCUGGUGAACCAAACCAUACUUGUGGAGGAGCAAACACUUGGGCUGAUAUUUUGAGUAGUAGUGAGGUAUUCUGCUCGGCAGGAUCAUAUUGUCCGUCUACUGUCAAAAAAAAUCCUUGCAGUAGGGGACAUUACUGUAGGACAGGUUCUACAUCUCAGCAAGAAUGUUUUCGGAUGGCAACUUGUGAACCAAAAUCAGCAAACCAGAAUAUCACCGCCUAUGGUGUCAUGCUUUUUGCUGGAUUGAGUUUUCUGCUUGUAAUUAUUUAUAAUUGUUCGGAUCAAGUUCUUGCAACCAGGGAGAAAAGACAAGCAAAAUCCAGGGAAAAGGCAGUUCAAAGUGUAAGGGAGACUGCACAAGCACGUGAAAAAUGGAAAUCUGCCAGAGACAUUGCUAAGAAACACGCGAUUGGAUUGCAAACACAAUUAUCACGUACAUUUUCUCGCAGAAAAUCUUCUUCAAGGGCAGCAUUUGGACUAGGUAGAGGUGGAUCAGAUUCAUUGCCACCUAUGCCACCGCAAAGUGCGGUAGGACCAUCUAAAGGAAAGAAAAAGGAAAAAAACACUCUCACAAAUAUGAUACAUGCAAUUGAGGCAGACCCAGAUAGUCAUGAAGGUUUCAAUCUGGAGAUAGGAGAUAAAAAUAUCAAAAAGCAAGCACCAAAGGGCAAGCAGCUGCAUACCCAAAGCCAAAUUUUCAAGUAUGCAUACGGUCAAAUUGAGAAGGAGAAGGCUUUACAGGAGCAGAAUAAGAACUUAACCUUCUCUGGGGUUAUUUCAAUGGCCAGUGAUAUUGAAACCAGGAAAAGGCCAACAAUAGAGGUUGCUUUCAAGGAUCUAACUCUCACUUUGAAAGGGAAAAAUAAACAUCUUAUGAGGUGUGUAACUGGAAAAAUAUCACCUGGCCGGGUUUCAGCUGUCAUGGGUCCAUCUGGUGCUGGAAAAACAACAUUUCUUUCUGCUUUGGCAGGAAAAGUGAGGGGAUGUACCAUGUCGGGUUUAAUUCUUAUAAAUGGAAAAGUUGAAUCAAUCCACUCCUACAAGAAAAUUAUUGGAUUUGUGCCACAAGAUGAUAUUGUACAUGGGAAUUUGACUGUGGAGGAGAAUCUUUGGUUUAGCGCAAGAUGCAGACUAUCUGCUGAUUUGCCAAAACCAGAAAAGGUUCUGGUUGUUGAAAGAGUUAUAGAGGCAUUGGGGCUGCAGGCUGUGAGGGAUUCGUUGGUUGGGACAGUGGAGAAACGAGGAAUCUCCGGUGGUCAAAGGAAACGGGUAAAUGUUGGGCUGGAGAUGGUCAUGGAACCUUCACUUCUGAUUUUAGAUGAACCCACAUCUGGUUUAGAUAGUUCAUCUUCUAAUUUACUACUUAAAGCUCUUCGGCGUGAGGCUCUUGAAGGUGUGAACAUUUGUAUGGUUGUUCACCAACCAAGCUACACCUUGUUCAGGAUGUUUGAUGAUUUGAUACUUCUAGCUAAAGGUGGACUUACAGUGUAUCAUGGCUCUGUAAAGAAAGUUGAAGAGUACUUUUCUAGCCUUGGAAUUAUAGUCCCUGAGCGUGUCAACCCACCGGACCAUUUCAUCGACAUUUUAGAGGGCAUAAUAAAACCAAGCACAAGUUCAGGUGUAAACUAUAAACAACUACCUGUUAGAUGGAUGCUUCACAAUGGUUACCCAGUUCCAAUGGAUAUGCUUCAGAGUGUUGAUGGAAUGGCUGCCUCUGCAAGUGAAAAUUCUGCUAAUGGAGCAAAAGAAGGUGAUGCUGCAGUUGAUGGACAGUCCUUUGCUGGAGAGUUUUGGCAAGAUGUUAAGUGUCAUGUUGAGUGGAAGAAAGACAAUAUACAACACAAUUUCUUGACGUCUAAUGACUUAUCCAAUCGAAAUACCCCAAGUGUAUUUCAACAAUAUAGAUACUUCCUAGGGAGAGUCGGUAAGCAACGAUUACGAGAAGCUAGGACACAAGCAGUAGAUUUUCUGAUUCUGUUGCUGGCUGGAAUCUGCUUAGGAACACUUGCUAAAGUGAGCGAUGAAACUUUUGGGUCGCUUGGUUAUACAUACACCGUUAUAGCAGUUUCUCUUCUAUGCAAGAUUGCAGCUUUGAGAUCUUUUGCACUGGAUAAGUUGCACUACUGGAGAGAAAGCUCUUCUGGGAUUAGUAGCUUGGCUUACUUCCUUGCAAAAGAUACAAUUGACCAUCUAAAUACAUUCAUCAAACCUCUAGUUUAUCUUUCUAUGUUCUAUUUCUUCAACAAUCCUAGAUCAUCUGUCACAGAUAAUUAUGCAGUUCUCUUCUGUUUGGUUUAUUGCGUGACUGGUAUUGCUUAUGCUUUGGCCAUCUUUUUUGAACCCGGUCCAGCACAAUUGUGGUCAGUGCUCCUUCCAGUCGUUUUGACUCUCAUAGCAACUAAUAAUAGUGACAGCAAAGUUGUUGAUUUCAUAUCUGACUUGUGCUACACCAAAUGGGCUUUGGAAGCAUUUGUUAUAGCAAAUGCUAAGAGAUAUGAUGGAGUGUGGCUUGUAACUCGAUGCGGUUCGCUUAUGAAAAGCGGCUAUGAUCUCAAUCAUUGGUAUCGUUGUUUACUCUUCCUCCUUGCUUUCGGCGUGCUUAGUCGUGGGGUUGCAUUCUUUUGCAUGGUAACCUUCCAGAAAAAGUAGAUUCAAUACUUUGAAACUGGUCUUUUUGUACAUGAAUGAAAAAUUCUAUAUAGAGGCACUUUAAUCAGUUGUCGGCUCAUACCCUUUGAAGAUUUUUGGAAAAUGAACAUUCUCUAAGGGAUUGACACUCUCAGAAACUGUAGCACAAAAGAAAUAUGCAGUGACAAUCUGCAGGUCUGGGUCGGGAUGAAAGCGGCAGUCAAUAUAAUUAUUUAAGACAUUUCUUCCUACUUAGCGUUUGGUGUUACACCACUUCUGUAGGAUCACUUGGCUACUCUUUGAUUUGUACUUGGAGUUUCUCUCCAAUAUUGUGAAUAUUACAUGUACCAUUCUAACCUGUAAACUUAGGAUUACAAAAACCAUACCCUCUUCUUUUUACUUUUUUUUCUUUUUUUUAAAAUUCUUUGGAGAGCUUAGUGGAUGAGAAUAGAACUUUUUCCUACACUACACCGGCAAUUUAUCACAUCUUUCAUUUUUUAUGACAUACAACUUUGGCUUCAGUGCA